GAACCCUGUCGUGGGGUGUGUCCCUGGUGUGCCCCCGUGUCCCUGCUCGCUGCGCUGGAGGAGCCGCCGCGCGGUGCCGGCCCCGCUCGGGCUCUGGUAGCACCCCCUGCGCCAUGGAGAGCGCCGAGGGCACGGAGGAGGAGCAGCCCACAGUGAGCAGUGAUGGCCCCGAGCCCGGCGCCGAGCCCAUGGCCCAGGAGCAGCACAUGGACUUCAGCACCGAGAUCAUGAGUGUCACCGAGAUGGAGCAGUCCCCGGACAGCUCCCCCGACCUCCACGAGGAGAGCACGCAGGAGAGCGAGAUUCCAAACAUUGAGAGCUUACAGACCACGGACAUUGAGGCCGGCUUCCCUCCGGAUUUUGACAAGUUCUGGAAAGUAGUAGACGACAAUCCCCAGGAUUUCACAGGAUGGGUAUAUCUACUGCAGUAUGUAGAGCAGGAGAACCACCUGCCGGCGGCCAGGAAGGCCUUUGACCGGUUCUUCACGCACUACCCGUACUGCUACGGGUACUGGAAGAAGUACGCGGACCUGGAGAAGCGGCACGACAACGUGAAGCAGUCUGACGAGGUGUAUCGCCGAGGGCUUCAGGCAAUUCCUCUUAGUGUUGAUCUAUGGAUACAUUAUAUAAAUUUCCUAAAGGAGACCUUGGACCCUGCCGAUCCCGAAACUAACAGUACCAUCCGGGGAGCCUAUGAACAUGCAGUCCUGGCUGCUGGGACAGAUUUCCGUUCUGACAGACUCUGGGAAAUGUAUAUAAACUGGGAAAAUGACCAGGGAAACCUAAGGGAAGUUACCUCCAUCUAUGACCGCAUCCUGGGAAUCCCCACGCAGCUCUACAGUCACCACUUCCAGAGGUUUAAAGAGCACAUCCAGAACAACCUUCCCCGGGACUUCCUGACCACGGAGCAGUUUGUGCAGCUGCGGCGGGAGCUGGCGGCGGCCAACGGGCACAGCGGGGAGGAACAGCCCGCCGAGGAGCUGCCCUGCGGCACCGAGGACAUCACCGACCCCGCCAAGCUGGUCACUGAGAUAGAGAACAUGAGGCACAGAAUCAUUGAGAUCCACCAGGAGAUCUUUAACCACAAUGAACAUGAAGUCAGUAAGAGGUGGACGUUUGAGGAAGCGAUCAAGAGGCCUUACUUUCAUGUAAAACCUCUGGAGAAAAUUCAGCUGAAAAACUGGAAAGAGUACUUAGAGUUUGAGAUAGAGAAUGGCACUCACGAGCGAGUCGUGGUCCUCUUUGAGAGAUGUGUCAUUUCAUGUGCCCUCUAUGAGGACUUCUGGAUCAAGUAUGCCAAAUACAUGGAGAACCACAGCAUUGAGGGCGUGAGGCACGUGUACAGCAGGGCCUGCACCAUCCACCUGCCCAAGAAGCCCAUGGUGCACAUGCUGUGGGCGGCCUUCGAGGAGCAGCAGGGCAACAUUGAGGAGGCCAGGAGGAUCCUGAAGACCUUUGAGGAGUGUAUCCUGGGGCUGGCCAUGAUCCGCCUGCGCAGGGUGAGCUUGGAGCGCAGGCACGGCAACAUGGAGGAGGCCGAGCUCCUGCUGGAGGACGCGGUCAGGAACGCCAAGUCCAUCACUGAGGCCUCCUUCUAUGCCAUCAAACUGGCCAGGCACCUCUUCAAAGUGCAGAAGAACCUGCCAAAGGCAAGAAAAGUGCUGUCAGAAGCCAUAGAACUUGACAAAGAAAACACCAAACUGUACCUGAACCUGCUGGAGAUGGAGUACAGUGGGGACCUGAAGCAGAACGAGGAGAACAUCCUGAGCUGCUUUGACAAGGCUGUCCAUGGAGCCUUGUCUAUCAAAAUGAGGAUCACCUUCUCCCAGAGAAAAGUGGAGUUCCUGGAAGAUUUUGGGUCUGAUGUGAACAAGCUCCUGGAUGCUUAUGAUGAACACCAGGCACUGCUGAAGGAGCAGGAGACGCUGAAGAGACGGGCGGAGAACGGCUCCGAGGAGCCGGACGAGAAGAAGAUGCUGACGGAGGACCCGGCCCUGGCGUCGGCGCAGCUGAUGGACGGGGACAUGCAGGUGAACCAGGCUGCCUACAACUACAACGCCUGGUACCAGUACAACUACCAGAACGCCUGGAACUACGGACAGUAUUACCACACCACCUGAGCCUGUUCACUGUGCUGCACAUCGACAGAGAUGGAAUAAAAAAAGAUAUAUUUUUCUAACUUUGGGCUGUGAAAGAACUGUUGUGCCACCUGCUGCGGGUCCUCUGCAUGUGACCCGAGCUGCUGCUCACGGGGUACGUGUGAAGAGUUGUGUGCUGGUAACCGAUAAAUGGUCUCUGUACAAUUCUCAUUUACCAUAAAUGCGUUUUUUUAAUUCCCUGCACUAAUUUAUGGAGCUUUCGCAGGAAUUCCUGUCGGUCCCACGAUUCCAUAGAUUGGGUGGGUGAAGCUGGGGCCCUUUGGGUUGGUUUUGCCCCAGAGCUGGAGCCAAGGCCGUCCUGCUCCCACCCCAGCUGCCACCACAGCUUUCCCAAGCCGGGCACUGUGCUGGGAUUGACCCCGGAGCGGGGCUGGAGGCCUUGGCAGAGCUGUGGGGUCAGGAAUUCACCCGUGGGGCAAAACCCCCUUGGUUCUUUUCUAAAAAGCACAAACUGUGUUUGGGAUGGUUUUUGUAUUUGGAGUUUUUCAUGUACACGGUGUGAGCAAAACUUUUUUCAUUUUGAUCAAAGUGAUCAUUCCCAUUUUUGUAAUAAAAGCAAGGAAUUCA